AUGUCGGCGCUGGACAUGCUGAUGAAGAUGCGGGUCGUCAGUGCAGCCCGCGGCCUUGCAGCCAUGGCGAACUCACCCCCGGCUCCACCAGCCCCGCUGGCUCCUCCGGCCCCGCCUUCUCCGCCUGCUCCACCCUCUCCUCCCGCACCUCCCUCUCCUCCGGCGCCACCCCUGCCCCCUUUCCCUUACCACUUCGAACCUGUGAACGACGGCGAAGAGUUUCUUCGUCCGACGGAGCCUGACGCGUCUUCUACGGAUGACGAGGGGAGCGACGAUGUCGCAGCGACUGGUGAAAACCUUCCUUUCCCUCUGCCCCGAUUCCCCACAGAUGUGCUGCGCGAUGUGAACCCUGCCGCGGUCGCACGAGAUGCAGUAACCCCCGAUUCCCUCAACAGGAUUAACCAGCACAAGCGGCACGCUCGCACCAUGGCUGAGAAGACGGCUCAAGUGGAGGUGCACGACGACGUGCACGCGGCGGGGGAUGUGGAGGAGUGGGUGAACCCCAUGUACGCCACUGCCCAGGAGGAGGAGGAGGAGGAGGAGGAGGAGGAGGAGGAGGAGGAGGAGGAGGAGGAGGAGGAGGAGGAGGAGGAGGAGCGGGACGAGGAGGCACCAGAGGAGGACGACGAUAUGGAGGAGUUGGACGGCGAGGAGGAGGAGGAGGAGUAG